ACAACGCUAGCAUGCCCCCCUCCACCCUCUCAGAGUCCCCGGGUCGUACCUUUUCUGGUAUCACCUUACUGCUGGGUCUGAAGAGGGUGUCUGUGAGGCUGGUGGACUGCAGGAAAACACUGAGGCUGAGUGGAACUACAAGAGGAAGAGGAGGAGGAGGAGAAGAGGAGGAAGAGGGAGAUUUGACACAUCAAAGAGAGAGACGUGACUAUCUUGGAUCCUCCGGAGAGCCUCAACAACAUCGUGAUGCUGACGAGGCAGAGAAGAGUCUCUCCACAUCAGGAAACCUCCAGAAACACCAGCAGAGACCCACAGGAAAGAAAUCUCACUGCUGCUCUGAUUGUGGGAAACUUUGCAAAUCUUUAUCGGAACUUAAAAUACACCAGCGAGUAAACACAGGAAAUAAACCUCACCUCUUUUCUGACUGUGGGAAGAGUUUUUCAACAUCACAGUCAUUACAAUAUCAGCAAGGAAUUCACACUGGAGAGAGAAUCUAUUGCUGUGAUGCAUGUGGAAUGACCUUCACCACCUCGAGUGAACUGAUUUUACACCAGAGAACACACAACCACACGCAUUCCAGAGAGCCAUACCACUGCUCCAACCGUGGGAAGAGAUUUGUUUCAUCGAGCAGUCUAAAACAACACCAGAGAAAAUGUUCAGGAGAGAAGCCUUAUAACUGUGACGUGUGUGGGAAUUAUUGUGUUACGUCAGCAUCUCUGACUGUACACCGGCGUAUCCACACUGGAGAAAGACCUUUCCUCUGCUCUGACUGUGGCAAAUGUUUUGUUAGGUCAGAACAUUUAAAAUCACACCAGAGAACGCACACGCGUGCCAAGCCGUAUGUCUGUGAUCAGUGUGGGAAGAAAUUCACUCAAAUCGGUACUCUGGCUUCACACCAGAGAACUCACACUGGAGAGAAACCUUAUAGCUGUGAUCAAUGUGGGAAGAAAUUCACUCAGUCAGGAAGCCUGACUAUACACAAGCUAACACACACUCGAGAGAGGCCUCACCACUGCUCCGACUGUGGGAAGAGUUUCACUUUUAUUGGGACUUUAAUACGCCACAAGCGAAUCCACACAGGAGAGAAACCUUAUGGCUGUGCUGUAUGUGGGAAAGGUUUUACUACAUCAGGCAACUUGAUAUCACACCAGAGAACACACACAGGAGAGAAACCUUAUGGCUGUGAUCAGUGUGAAAAAAGAUACUCUGAUUCAAGAUACCUGAUUAAACAUCAGAAAAUACAUGCAGGAGAUCCAUAGAGUGUGGAAUGAUCUCCAACACCAGACCUGGGUAGUAGAACACAGAGUGUAGAAUGAUCUCCAACACCAGACCUGGGUAGUAGAACACAGAGUGUGGAAUGAUCUCUUUGUGAUAACUGUUGAUGUUGCUGGAUAGAUGGUUCAACUUGUUUCCCCAUUAAGCUCUAAUGUCACAUGAUCAAAUCAGACAAUAAAUAUCAAGUGUUGGAGAUCCUAGAAGCUGUAACAUUUAGAAUGGCAACUAUAACAUUUAGGGCGAUGGUUGUCACUAUCAACUCCAUUAUAAUACAUCUACUGGUGGAUGGUUGUCACUAUAAACUCCAUUAUAAUAAAUCUACUGGUGGAUGGGGAUGGUUGUCACUAUCAACUCCAUUAUAAUA